AAACGGACUUGAAACGAAGGCGGAAAAAGGUAGUCCCGAAUAAAAAUGGAAACCGCGAUCUUUCACCAUACAUUUGUUCGACACCUCCUCCUCUUCCGGCCGAGAGAUUCUGCUCCGCUUCCCCGAUAUGGUUAGGGUUUCGCUUACUGUUGUUCCCAUCGCAUUCAAUUUUAAAACGCUCGCAUAUCUGCUUUCCCCUUUCUCCCUUCCUCUCCAUCACCCUUCGCUGGGCUUCCUCCUGCCUUGUUCUUGUCUCCAUUAGCUCUGCGUCGAGGUCCUCGGUUGGUAGAGAUUUUGGGAAUUGCUGAUCUGGUGGAGGAUGAUUUGUCGGCGAGUGGAAGCCGAGGAGGAUGGCUGGGCUAUGAAUCUGGUCUUUCUUCCCUCGGCUUUCAAUUCGUUUACUGUUGCAUCCGAAGCUUUCUCUGAAGGAUAUUGUCAGAUCGGGAAUUGGGGAUCGAGAUUGCUGUGAUUAGAUCCUUUCCUUUUUUUUCCCGAUUUGUUUCCAGAUUUCUCGAUCUUUCUUUCUUUCGCUCUGUUUCUCUCCCCUUUAUUUUGGGGCAAUGGACUCUUCACGUGGUGAAGAGACGAACGGUGGCUCCCCUGAUGUCGAGUGCAUUGAGAUGGAUCCCACAGGGCGGUACGUCCGGUACAAAGAUGUUUUGGGGAGAGGAGCCUUUAAGACAGUAUAUAGAGGUUUUGAUGAAAUAGAUGGGAUAGAGGUUGCUUGGAAUCAAGUUAGAAUAGAUGAGUUGUUGCAGUCUCCAGAGAAUCUGGAGAGAUUAUAUUCAGAAGUUCAUUUGCUGAAAUCCUUGAAGCAUGAUAAUAUUAUCAAGUUCUAUAAUUCUUGGGUGGAUGAUCAGAAGAAAACUAUAAACAUUAUAACUGAGCUAUUUACUUCUGGGAACUUGAGACAAUAUCGCAGAAAACAUAAAAAUGUGGAUUUGAAAGCAAUAAAGAAUUGGGCAAGACAAAUCCUUCGCGGGUUGGAGUAUCUGCACAGUCAUAAUCCACCCAUUCUUCAUAGAGAUCUCAAAUGUGACAAUAUAUUCAUCAAUGGGAAUCAUGGUGAAGUUAAAAUAGGAGAUCUUGGGUUGGCUACCGUCAUGCAGCAACCUAUUGCCCGCAGUGUAAUUGGCACUCCUGAGUUUAUGGCUCCAGAACUUUAUGAUGAAGAAUAUAAUGAGCUUGCUGAUAUCUAUUCUUUUGGUAUGUGCAUGCUGGAGAUGGUUACUCUUGAAUAUCCAUAUAGUGAAUGCAAAAAUCCAGCUCAAAUUUACAAAAAAGUUACCUCGGGAAUCAAGCCUGCUGCACUUACUAAAAUAUCAGAUACUCAAAUAAGCCAAUUCAUUGAGAAAUGCUUGGUUCAUGUUUCUGAGAGAUUGUCUGCUAAAGAGCUUCUGAAAGAUCCUUUUCUCCAAUGUGACAAUUCAUCUGAGUUUGCUCACACUCCCAUUCAAUUAACAGCUGAAGUUUCGAAUGGGAACAACAACUGUGAAUCAAUUUCUAACGAUGUUGAAUCUGACUACAAGUCGCUUCCUCUCAGCGCCGGCACGAAUAGUAGCCAUGAGAUCCCUCCGCUCCAGUUUCUCGAAUUCAUGCGAAAUAAUCAAGGCACCGAAUUCCGAUUGAAGGCAGAGCAAGUCAACGAUAAUGCAGUCUCACUUGUCUUGCGGAUCGCAGAUUCUAAUGGAAACGCAAGGAUUGUUCAUUUUCCAUUUUAUUUGGAUUUCGACACGGCGCAUGCAAUAUCUGCUGAAAUGGUGGAACAACUCGAGCUGCCUGAUUAUCACGUCGAUUUUAUAGCUGAUUUUAUUGAUUUCUUGAUCAUGAAACUGGUUCCUGGUUGGAAGCCUUCAGCAGAUGAUAACUCUUCUAAUGGAGUAAUGACUCCAUUAAAGGAAUGUGAAGCUGGCAGCAAGGACGAAGAAGCUUCACGUCAGUGUCGAUGCGCGUUGCCAUCCACUGUUUCAUCCGUCGAUAUCGGGAUUGAUCAACUCGGUUUGGCUCAUCUCGAAAUCGAUUCGUACAAGAAAGCGGUCGAAAGUAUGUGCCAUGCAGAUUUAAACUGUGAUGAUAAAUGCUCUCAAGGAUCAGCCAUGUCAUUAGUUUUAACUGCCAGUUGUAGGAGCUUCAGCCAAUAUGCUCCAGAUAUUGAUUUUGCCACUGCAUAUUGUGAUAUUGGGAAAUGUCAAGAACUUGAAGUGGAGCUGGAAAAUAUUGAAGCUCACUAUGAAAGUUGGUUGCAGGAGCUGUCAAGAUGGAAGGAAGAGGCUAUUGAAGAGGCUAGAAAGAGGUUUACAGUGUUUGUAUAAAUCAAAUAAAUAAAUAAAUAAAUCAUAUUGAAGAUGGCGUGUGAGGUUGUUCAAGCUUGAAGAUUUAUGCAGGCAGAAAAUGAUUGUAUAUGA